CUGAUUUAAAUGAAUAAAAUGAAGAAGAAAGUAAGUAUUGGAUGGACUUAAAUUCUCUGGUAGCUGAUUUAAAUGAAUAAAUCUACCAUAGAACUUGAACAAAAAAAAAUAGGAAAGAGAUUGCUAAAACUAGAAAACUAAAAUGGCAGCUGAUCAUCUACAAUUUCUCAAGGAGAAAUUCAUCACCGACUUCCAAGAUGCAAUGGAGCAAUUCGGUGUAGAACUUCCCCUCCGUCGUCAUUUUCAGGAGAUCCUAGAGGUGUUGCAAGAGAAGAUCAUCGACUCGGCCACGCCUAUUAAGAUGAAGAAUUCUCUGUAUGAUCUCAGGUACUUUUUGGCAGAGUGCCUUCUCUCAGCAGAGAAGGAACGGGACCUCAAAAACCAGAACACAAAAAGCAAUUUCCAUGUCCAUACUGUGAAGAAACUUUGGUUUCUUUAUAAAACUGGAAAGAAGCUGCACAAAAUCAAAAAAGAAUUGCAACAGAUGAGCAAUGAAAGUGAUGCAGAAGCUGAAAAUUCUUUGCUGCUAUUAGACUCUAUCAGUGUCGGGUCAGUGGCUGAUCUUCCGCCUCUCAGUGCAUCUAAAAUUUAUGGGCUUGACCGCUACUUGCAAAAGGUCGAAUCAUUGCUCCUCAAAACACCCGAUGAUCCUAUCCUAAAUGGUAUUAAAGCAGUUGGGAUUGUGGGAAUGUGUGGGGUGGGUAAAUCUGCUCUGGCCCAUAUGGUUGUCCAUAGCUUCCCAGUCCAGCAGACGUUCUCACCCAUCAUUUGGGUGAGACUAUCUGCAGGAGCGAAUCCAAGAGAAAUGGUGAGAGAUUUGUUGAUGCAGUCGGCUCCUAAACACGAAUUCGUACAUGAUGAUGCUCUUCCUGUGCUCCUGAGGAAGUUGAAUGCUCAGUUGUCGAGUCGGAAGUAUUUGAUUGUACUAGACCAUGUGUGGCAUCAAGAUGAGUGGUACUCUGAUUUGAGUUCUGAUCCGAAGUAUAUGGAUGGUGCUGCAACAUGCUUCACCCGUCUUACCCAUGGUUUGCCAAAGGGAGGAGGAGGUGCCAUCAUCGUCACCAGUAGACUCGAUGAAGUAGCAACAAGCAUGGUGGGUGAACAUAAGCCUGGGCAUACUCUACUCAUCAGACUCGAGCCCUCAAUAUUCAACGAAGAGGCACUUGGGUCGACAUUCAUGGAUUCAAUUCUAAGAAAGAAAUUUGAAGGUUCAGAUCAUUAUCAAACUGUGUUAAGAAUGAAGAAAGAAAUUGUUGACAGGUGUGAUGGCCUUCCUGCAGCUGCAAAGACGUUGGCGGAAGUUAUUUAUAUUCAAGCUGGCCAAAACGGGCUCAGGGUUUUGUCAACUUCAGAUCAACCGAAGAAGGUGUCGUUGAGACUACAUAAUCAUGAUUGCAUAUCUUAUCGGGACGCCUUGAAGAAAGUUAAGACUCUUCCAGGAGUUGAUCGCGCUGUCGCUGGACCUUACUAUGAUGAAAUAACAGCUUCAGGAAAGUUCAAUGCAGUAGAAGUAGCGAGGGAACUAGGAAAAUUUUGGCAUACGGAGCUCAUCUCCGUGGAUCGGGAACAAGAAGCGGAAUAGAGGAAAGAAAACAAGCAAGAAGAAUCUAUUAAUCAAAGCAAAAGAAGAAAUAACACAGCAUCACAAAGCUUCUUCUAGCUUUAUGUACUGGCAGACAAUUAAUUCUCUCUACAUAUGUUUGAACCAUACAAGAAAGAUCGAAUAAUAUAUGGUUUCAGUGAUUAUUUUUUCAUGAA